GCAAGUGCCGUUAGAAAGGCUACACCUCGCCUCAUCAGCUGAACCACUCCCACCAUCCAAGACCGAGACCAAGACCACGUGGUUGUGUUUACAGUCCUUUGUAUCCGCCCAGCUGUCACUAAGGGCUGAAAACCUCCCUCGCAGCGGCUAUUAACGCCAUACUGAGAUAACACUUGAGUAAAGAUGAAGAGUGAAGAGGAUUCCAGCAAAGACUCGGUCACUGUAUCAAUGGACCCAACAGAACUGAGGACACAGAUUGAACUGCAGCUGUCUGAGGUGGACAUGCUUCAGUCUAUGUUCCCUGACCCAAGGGAGCUGGUGAUUGAUGAUCCAUCAAUACUGUGUGAUCUGCGAGACUUUGCUGAGGGCCGGACACACAUGCUGCCUCCUCACCUUGACUGUGUGAUAAACCUGGAUGUAGAAAAGGGACAGUUAAGCAUGAGCAUCAACCUGCCCCACCAGUACCCCGCAGUGCAGCCAACGGUGUUUGUGCGCUCCCAGACACUGUCACGGGAGGCUCAGCACUGCCUCAACCAAGACCUUCUCACCUAUCUCAAGACCAUACAGGAGGGAGACUUGUGCAUUGGGCCAGUAGUUACUUGGCUGCAAGAAAACGGUGGAUCGUUCUUUGAAGACUACUCAGAGACGGAGAACACCAAUGAAACAUCAGCGGAAACCAAAGAUGUCAAAUUUGCAAGACUGUGGAUCUACUCUCAUCAUAUUUACAGCAAAGUGAAAAGGAAAGACAUCCUCGACCUGUCUCGAGAGUUUGACCUGACUGGGUUCUGUCUGCCCGGCAAGCCAGGAAUCAUCUGCGUGGAGGGUCUGGCCCAGAACACCGCUGACUGGUGGCACAAGGUAAGAUCAUGGAACUGGCAGAAGAUUCUUUGCAAAAAAAGUGAAGAGGCAACCAUUCCCGCUGAUCAAGACCUGUCCACGCUUCGCAGAUUUAGUCACUUCGAGGAGCUGGGGUCCGAGAACAACAUCCGUGUGAAGAAUGGCGGGUUCCACGUGAACAUGGGCGAUGUGUUGAGGUACCUUGAGGACCAUGAGUGCGGCUAUGUGUUUAAGGACUAUUUUGGUAUUAGCGGGAGGCCGACGUGAUUUUACCUCGAAUGAAUGAUGCUGAGUAUAAUGUAUAUAUAGAUGAUAUAGUAUAUGCUUAUAAAUAAAUAGAUUUGUCAGCAUUGGUAGCUUUGGAAUAAAAAGGUAUAUAUUUUUUGGGGGGGAGUGCAUUUAGUCUGUGUAGUUGUUAGCCUCCUCUGCCUGCAUUCCUGUAUCAGUUAGCCUUUAAAGAGUCUGCAAAACUUUCUUUACUUCCUUACUGGUUAUAUUUGUGCUUCGUGUCAGUAAUGGAUGGCAGUGCUGUGUAGGUGGUGUAGAAGGGAAUGCUAUUUUACCACUGUGAGACCAAUGACCUACACAUACAUGGCAGUGGUAGAGAGGUGGCUUAACCCGGUAGCAGCGACGGGCCAAAUUUGUGCCAUGAUAUAAACCCCCUAAAAUAGAUGAUACAUAAACUGAUCACAAAUCCUUUGAUAUAUAUUAUGAAAUGGUUUGUGUGAGUGAGGAUUUUUUCUCAUUUUUCUCGCUUAGAGGGACCAUUAAGAAACAUGAUCCCCACAGCUACCGGGUUAAGACCAGUAUCCAUAGAGAAAGCAUGUCAAAACAAUAAAUGGAAAGGUAAAACUGGCAAAAGAUAUCUAGAUUAGGUCGAACAUAACUAUAUUUAUAUAAAGAGAGAAUUAUUUAUGAAAGAGAAAGUGGUAUGCUGAAUAGACAUACUCAUGGCAAAAGCAUCAGUCUGGUUGGCCUAAUAUGUCUUUGAAUUUUGAAGUUUCUGUAAGCUUAUUGGUGCCACUUAUAGGAUAGGACUUAUUUAUAACUGAUAGGAUAGGAUUUGAUAGGAUAGGACUUAUUUAUAGCUGAUAGGAUAGGAUUUGAUAGGAUAGGACUUAUUUAUAACUGAUAGGAUAGGAUUUGAUAGGAUAGGACUUAUUUGAUUUGAUAGGAUUUGAUAGGAUAGGACUUAUUUAUAGAUGAUAGGAUAGGAUUUGAUAGAAUAGGACUUAUUUGAUUUGAUAGGAUUUGAUAGGAUAGGACUUAUAGCUUAUUGGUACCACUUAUUUAUAGGAGAAAUCUCACAUUUUACUGAACUGGCCGUCCCAUCAGACAUCACUAUAACUUGUUGGCCCCACCUCUUUCCUUUGUCUCACACCUUACAGAAAUCUUACAUAUUCCUUCACCUCUAUUUACACCACCAUGUUAUGUGUCUCAUGUUUAGCAUUGCCUCGAGAGCUGAGGUGAGAGAGGUGAGUGCUGAUGCAAGGUGCAGCUGUUUCUUAUGUCCCCAAUUUGAGCUUUAUCUGACACCCUGCAGGCAAGUUUGUCAACCAAAAAGCGCUGACAGCUAUGGGCCGUGGUAUACAGCAAAAAUUUGGCUCUCUUUCAUACCAAGGAGUAGGAAAAUCAAGGUUUCUCAAGAGAGUGAAACUGAAUCCCGUUAGCUGCGUAGAUGUGGAGGAGAGUCAUUGCCCGUCCAACCCCGCCUUGAAUGGGAAAAUGUGGACGUUGAACGACAAUGAUGUUGAUGUUAGCUGCCUAGAGUUCUUGUAUCUGCACUUCUUUGUGUGAUAAUCAUGGUGGAUGAGGUGAUGCCAACCCGGCUGAUGCUUCGGUUGCCUUUGUUAUGUAUAUAAUGCCAUAAAAGGGAAGAGUAUCCACAGAUUGGGAGAGCCAUAACUGUGCUCUUCUAUAAGAAUAUUUGAUGAACAGAUGAAUAUGGUUGCCAUGGAUGUUAAUUUCAUGCACCCAAAUUUAUGAAAGUGGAAAACAAAGCUAAUUUAUGUCCUUUGAAAAUUUAAGUCUUCAAAAAAAUAUACAUGGUUACAGUUCCCUUGUGAAGCUUCCUCAAUAUAUUCCCAGGCCAUUCUUCUAUGAUUUUAUGAUUUUAAUUAACUUAAAGAAUAUUUUAACUUACCUAAUAAUAAUGUAGCUAUCAGUAUGAGAUGAACCACAUCACUUUACUCAAUUUAAUUUCCUGGUUGAAUGCAGAGUUGUAGCUCAUCUGUAGAACAAUCAAUGUUGACAGAAUGAUUCUAUUUUUAAUACACGAAGUGCUAUGUGGCACUAAAACCUGCUGUGGGAACAAGGUUUUGUUACUGUUGCCUGUUGCUCUCAGGUCCACUUACAAGCUUUACUUUUCUCUACCAGCAUCUCACCAAAGGUUAUUUGCCUUCCACUUGCUUGUUCCUAUGUGUACCUGUGUGUUCACAUUUUAUGCAGAUUUAUUCAAACCUUUGAGAGUUCUAAUCUUUGAGGUGAGGAAGUUAACACCUGUAUAGCUUCGCCACAAAAUAAAAAUAUUAGGAAGUCCUGGGUGGCUAAAACUGAUAUAGUUAAGAGCCCAUUCAUGCAAUGUAAGUGUUGCAAUUUAAAAAUGGUACUUUUCAUAAGAAUAUGUACAUAGUCUGAGACUCCUGUUUCUGUGCUAAAGGGAGGAGGACCCAUUAUACUUUGUGAAAUAAACAGUGUAGAAAUCUAGUGAAGUGUGGAGGUAGACCUUGGUUGUGAUCAGCUUUGUCCUGUCAAAAAAGCAUGAAAUGGGAACUAUGUUGAUGCUGCAGAUGACAUCAUGUCCAAGUGGCAGCAAAUUAAGAAUGUCUAGCUUAAGUGACUGACCCGGGUCCAAACCCCUUGAUAUAUUCCAGAUGUUAUUAUUAAACUAAAGUUUAUUUUAAGGAAAAUUUCUGCUCACAAUGAUUCCAUGAAGUUAUUUCCCCUCUAUGUUCACAGAUUGAGGUGAUGAGUUAAGCAGUGAUUAGUAACUUAUUUAUAAGUUAUUAUUACAUAUUGUGUGUUACCCUGCACACCAUAAAGCUAUAACGAGGGACUGAUGGCUGGCAUGGGCAGGCGUUGUGUCCGUGGCUUGUAUUGAGGCCAGUGUUAAAAGUUACCAAACUCCCCGGUGCUCCUUUUGCCACACACCACAGUAUGAAGACUGCCUGGUGGCUGUUACUAACACUAGUCCACUUGGCUGAGAGAGAGAUAAAAAGCAACACCACGUACCAUGGCCUACUUACAUGUUUUCUACCUUUGUUUUAUAAUAUAAAGAAAAUCUCAUACAUGAAAUUGGAUAAGACUCUCUCAAUGCCUGCAACAUGUUCAUGCCCCAAGCUAAGAUAGUAUAAAUUUAUUUCUAUAUGCUUGAGAGCUCAUCUGUUUUAAGUAAGCAAAGUGUAAGUGUUGAAGACUUGGCAGUGUAGAGGCUACUGGCUGGUGUAGUGCAUGAAGAUGACGAGGUGUGUCCUCACAUUUUAUAUGUUGAACAUUUUGUUUAUUGUAUUCUGAAGAUCUACGUAUAGUUUUAUUUAUAUGAGAAUAUAUAACAUUUUAUGUACA